GGAUCAUCCUGCCUAGCAACGCCAGGAAAUCAGAAUAGGAGCUGUUCACUGAGCACUCGCUCCUCGCAGAUCGCUGCUCUCCGCGACUGUGCAUCAGUCCAUCACCCUGCUGCUGGAGCGGAGCAGAGCAGAGAGGAGAGUGGCUAGACCCAGGAGGCAUGGAUUAUGAAUGGGGGCGAACAGACUGAAGAUCAAAGCACUCCGCAUCCACGCGAGACGCCUCAUUGUGUGACAAACCAAGGAGGGACUCACAGUCAGGCGCGUACGUAGCAGUUGGAAGAGAAACGAGAAGCAGACAGCAGAGCAGGAGAGAGAGGAAGCUUGAGGCUUGAAGCUAACAAACGGCAGAGGCGGAGGGGGCAGAGACAGCAGCAGCAGCAACACAGGGUACCAGAUAAACGGGAAGAGAGAAGGGAUUUGGGGAAGAUACAGCGACUAACUAACCAUGCAAAAAACACAAGGAGCUGCAGACAGAACGACGGACGGACUACCUUCACAACUGGCAGGGACACGUGUCAAUAACCGUGAGACUACGACAAGAAUGAUGAAACCUUGAUGCCACCACACCUGACCAUGAGAAUUUCUCUGACCACCUGCGUCACCAUGAGCACCGUGUCCACUUCAUCAAGGGAGCCACAAGCUCCUUGUUUAGGCCCAUCAUCAUGCCCUAGUGGCCAACAACGCUCAACUGGCUCUGAGUGGCGUUGAUGUGUGCCGCCACUGGCGCUCGGCAGGUGCCAGGAUGCGGUGCAGACGACGGCACUGCUGCACGCACAUCGCCGCACUCCUCACCCUGCUCUCCUUCGUGGGCCUGCUGCUCAUCCUCGGCCAUCAGGAGUGGCGACCAGGAGGCCGCGCCAGCAGCCGGAGGGAGAGCCAGAACACGGCCCCCCACCACGGAGGACUGGGGCAGCUCAUCAAACCAGAGGCCACGCACAGCCAAAGCCGCAGCAACCACAGCAGCACCCAGCCCCGCAGUGCGGCAUGGAAGGCCUCUGCCGCUCCGCCAGUCAACCCCAACCCCAAGCCUGUGGUGAACCUCAGCUCGUACCCAGGGGGGGAGGAGGGUGGGGUGGUGAGUCUGGAGACCUCGCUGGGUGCCAACAGCAGCCUGAGCGAGGAGAUGAAGCUGCUGCUGGAGCCUUACGAGUACCUCCUGAACGAACCCGACAAGUGCCGGGAGAGCACGCCCUUCCUGGUGCUGCUGGUUGCCACGGAGCCCGAGCAGAGGGAGGCUCGCGACGCCAUCCGCCAAACGUGGGGGAACGAGAGCGUGGCCAACGGCCUGGGCAUGGUGCGGCUCUUCCUGCUGGGAAUACAGAACGGCAGCAGCGGCCGAGUGGCGAGCGAGGAGCUCCAGCGGUCUCUGAGAGCCGAGAGCCAGAUGCACCGUGACAUCAUCCAGCAGGAGUACCUGGACACUUACUACAACCUGACGGUGAAGACCCUGAUGGGCAUGCACUGGGUAGCCACCUACUGCCGCGGGGUGGACUACGUCAUGAAGACGGACAGCGACAUGUUCGUCAACACGGAGUACCUCAUCCACAAGCUGCUGCGGCCCAGCACCCAGCCCAGGAGGAGGUACUUCACGGGUUACCUCAUGCGAGGGUACGCGCCGAACCGCAACAAGAACAGCAAGUGGUACAUGUCCCCGGAGCUCUACCCCAGCGAGCGCUACCCCACUUUCUGCUCUGGGACGGGGUACGUGUUCUCAGGGGACAUGGCAGCCAGGAUCUACCGGGCCUCCUUGAGCAUAAGGAGGCUCCAUUUGGAGGACGUGUACGUGGGCAUCUGUUUGGCCAAGCUGCAGAUCGAUCCGACGCCCCCGCCAAACGAGUUCCUGUUCAACCACUGGCGCGUGUCCUACAGCAGCUGCAAGUACAGUCACCUGAUCACCUCCCACCAGUUUCAGCCCAACGAACUGCUCAAGUUUUGGAGCCACUUGCAGAGCAACAAGCACAAUGCCUGCAUAAACAUACCCAAAGACAAAGACAAGGGUGGCAGGUUUCGCCAAAGAAAACUGCUCUGGCCUGGGCUCAAGUUCUUGGGUGAUUCCCAUUAAAUGACUUUUGACACUCCACGAGCCACAAAGGAAAACAAAAAAACAGAAGAAUGUUUAGAGAUUAGGGAUACAGUAAAAUGCAACUCAAAAGCACAAGAUGGUACUACCACACAUUGUCGAUAUUUUUUUUCUCGGUUGAUUAAGAGUUUUUGUGGUUAAAAAGUACAAUUUCAGUGUACAUAUUCCUGUAAAAGCAAAAUAAAUCUGAACAAGUCAUUCCUUGACUUAAUGUAAUGUCUUUUGUGCGUCAAUGAUGGACAAAGGGGAUAACAGCAAAACCAUGACAGUCACUAUGUAAUGUGUUGAAAGUCAGGACACAUGCUAUAGUAGUUCCUUUCCUGGGAGCCUUCUACUAAAUUAGUGUUUCUCAACGGGGGUGUUGGGAAGCCCUAGGGGGUCGUUGAAAAGUAUACAGCCGAGUAUGGGCGGGGGGUGUUGGCAGGGUUAUGAUUAGGUCAAGGGGGCGUUGGAAGGCUUAUGAUGAGGCCAAGGGGGCAUUUGUUCAAAAAAGGUUGAGAAUCACUGUACUAAAUGGCACAUUGCGUGCUGAGCAAGAUUUCUGUUUGGAGCAUUUAAUUUGACCUGCAAAUCAAUGUUGAAGGGAAACAAAUUACUCCUUUGGAAAUUAAGCAACCCCUACCCGCCCACUUAGAUACUGAAAAUAUGCAAGUCUUCAUUUUAAGAUGAAGAGGGCAUACAGGUUUCAUACUCAGAAACCCUCUCCUCAACUUCAGACUAAACCAUAGGAAUACGAGAGAAAUGAAGAGUCUCAAAACCAUUACACAUAGCAACAGUUAGAAACCUCACCCAAAUCAAUAACCAUUCCACUAAUUAAAACCAACAGUCUCGGCCACUUGUUAGGCAAACCCAUACGCGUCUAUAACGGACAAUGGGAUAACAGCAAAACCACGACAGUCACUGUGUAAUGUGUUGAAAGUCAGGACAAAUGCUAGUUAAUUUCCUGGGAGCGUUCUACUAAAUGGCAAAUUGCAUGCUGAGCAGGGCUUGACAUUAACUUUCACUCAGUGGCCACUGUGGCUAGUGGUUUACCUGGGGCACUAGCCAUUCAACUAUUCUACUAGCCAC